AUGGGAGCCCAUCAAUUCCAGGUGCUCCCGCUCCAGGUGUCGGACACAGUGGUGGAGCCAUACAAUGCUACCCUCUCCGUCCACCAGCUGGUGGAGAAUACAGAUGCGACCUUCUGCAUUGAUAACGAGGCCCUGUAUGACAUCUGCUUUCGCACACUGAAGCUCACCACGCCCACCUAUGGUGACCUCAACCGCCUGGUCUCAGCCACCAUGAGCGGGGUGACUACCUGCCUGCGGUUCCCUGGCCAGCUCAAUGCUGAUUUGAGGAAACUGGCUGUUAACGUGGUACCCUUUCCCAGGCUGCACUUCUUCAUUCCAGGGUUUGACCCCCUGACCAGCCGCGGCAGCCAGCAGUACAGGGCGUUGACGGUUCCUGAACUCACCCAGCAGAUGUUCGAUGCCAAGAACAUGAUGGCAGCUUGCGACCCACGGCACGGGCGUUACCUUACAGCCGCCGCCAUCUUCAGAGGCCGUGUGUCCAUGAAGGAGGUGGACGAGCAGAUGCUGAACGUGCAGAACAAAAACAGCAGCUACUUUGUGGAGUGGAUCCCCAACAACGUGAAGACAGCCGUCUGCGACAUCCCUCCCCGCAGCCUCAAGAUGGCUUCCACCUUCAUUGGCAACAGCACAGCCAUUCAAGAGCUGUUCAGGCGCAUCUCUGAGCAGUUCAGCGCCAUGUUCCGCCGCAAGGCCUUCCUCCACUGGUACACGGGCGAGGGCAUGGAUGAGAUGGAGUUCACAGAGGCUGAGAGCAACAUGAACGACCUGGUGUCCGAGUACCAGCAGUACCAGGACGCCACGGCCGAGGAAGAGGGCGAGUUUGAGGAGGAGGGCGAAGAGGACAUGGCCUAGA